AAGCUACCUGCUGUCCUCCUCCUUGCUGCUGGCCUACAUAUACUCUAAACCCCUUGUUCGGUCGCCGGGACGACAGAAGAAAAAACCUCCGAUCAUCCGCCCGGCACAGUACACAACUAUUAUCGGCGCGCCAGCGAACGAUCGAUCAGUAGCCUCGCGCGCCCGGCCGGCCGGCCGGUUUUCUCCGACCACACACACGCCGGCCCCUUCUCCGAUCCGUCCUUCUUGUUCGUCCAACCCGCCGGAGGCCCCGUGUUCUUCUCUCUAUACAUUUCUGAUAUAUUCUCCGUCAUAUCGCGGCCGGCCAGCGCGCGCGGGAAGAGCUGUGUCGUCGUCCGGCGGCGCGCAAUGGCGGCCUGUGCCGGUGCCGGACCUGUGCUGGGGAUGGUGGUGUUCCAGAUCCUCUUUGCAGGCCUUAACAUCUUUUAUAAGCUAGCCGUGUCGGACGGCAUGGAUCUAAGGGUACUCAUCGCCUACCGCUACCUCUUCGCGUCGGCCUUCCUCGCACCGCUCGCCUACUUCCUUGAGAGGAAGACCCGAACAAAGCUGACAUGGAGGGUGCUGAUGCUGUCGUUCGUGUGUGGCCUCUCAGGGGGCACUGUGGCGCAGAACUUGUACAUUGCGGGCAUGAAGUUGACGUCGGCCACUUUCGCCUCCGCGACAACGAACCUGCUCCCGGCGUGGACCUUCGUGAUCGCCCUCGUCUUCCGCUACGAGAGACUGGACAUCCGCGCCUUCUCGAGCCAGGCCAAGGUGACCGGGACGUUGCUGAGCAUCGGCGGGGCCAUGCUGCUGACCUUGUACAAGGGCGUGGACAUCACCCCGUGGCACAGCCACCUGAACCUGGUCGCCACGCUCGCCCAGCGCCACGGCGGGCAGGUGGGCGCCAGUGCCAUGGCCAGCAAGACCAACUACGGCAUGGGGUCGUUGAUGUGCGUGAGCAGCUGCUUCUUUUACGCGCUGUGGAUCGUGGUGCAGGCGAAGCUGAGCAACGAGUACCCGUUCCACUACUCCAGCACCGCCCUGAUGUGCAUCAUGAUCUCGCUGCAGUCCGCGGUGUUCGCGAUCUGCUUCGACAGGGACGCCUCGCAGUGGAGACUCAAGUUCAACAUCAGGCUACUCUCCUGCGCAUACUCGGGCAUUUUCGCGUCGGGCAUCGCGCUGGUGAUCAUGGCGUGGUGCGUGAAGCAGCGCGGGCCGCUGUUCGUGUCCGUGUUCAGCCCGCUGAUGCUGCUGAUGGUGGCGGUGCUGAGCUCGCUGCUGCUGGGCGAGAAGCUGCACCUGGGCACGGCGCUGGGCGCGGUGCUCAUCGUCAUGGGACUCUACGCCGUGCUCUGGGGCAAAGGACGCGAGGCGGCUGCGGAGGCGGCCAAGGUCAGAGUCAGCGACCACCCCGCCGCCACCACGGAGGUCAAGGACAACAAGCAGCACGUCAGCGUCGUGGUGCCUCCUCCCGCAGCAAACUCCGUCUGAUCUCAUGUGUACGUGAUCGGUCGGACGGCGUGACAGCACUAUGUUGUUGGCGCCUUGCCGGCCGGGGUACGGUAGCUAGUCACCCCUUCUCUUUAGCGACGGCGACGCAUGCAUGCACGGGGUGAAAAAAAAUAAAUAAAUACUACUAGUAUGUACGACGAUAUAUGCUUCGAUUCCUCCAUUCCCACACAGUCUCUUCUAGUAUACUCAAGGUUGAAUUAUUGCUUCUUUGAAGGCGACAUGCUAUUGAAGUAGUA